AUGCGAUUAAAUGUCUGCUCCACCCUGAAGGAGAGAGGCACAGAGAGAGAGAGAGUAGGGUAAAGCUGGACAUAGGAAAGGAACGCAGAAAGAAGAGAGCUUGACAGCUUCUGAAGUACACCUGGAAUCAGGUUGGAGUACCAUCCGGCCGGCUGGCUGAUGACGGCUCUAACUUAUGAAUAAAUGACCAGUUCACAUCCAAAAUUCUAGUCACGAGCUUCUGCAUGGAUCAUGAGCUAAUUUAGGUGCAAAGUCUGGUAUAGCAGAGCAGAAGUCUUUACUCUCCAGGCAUCCUGUCACUGUUUCUGUGAGAAGACACGAUUCAAGGACCUGGAGCUCCUCUCAAGUCUUUGCAAUGCUCAGUCCAACCUCCUCUCCAGGCCCAGCCUUCUACACUGGACUCCUGCUCCUGUUCUUCUUGGGGCCCCUGGAGGUCUCUUGCCAGAAUGACACGGAGCCAAUUGUGUUGGAGGGAAAAUGUUUGGUGGUGUGUGACUCCACACCUGCCACCGAGCCAUCGGGUAAUGCUCUGGGCAUGUCGGUGAGGUCAGGGAGUGGACGUGUGGCGUUCUCAGCCAUCCGUAACACCAACCACGAACCAUCGGAGAUGAGCAACCGCACAAUGACCAUCUACUUCGACCAGAUUUUAGUAAACAUUGGGAGCCACUUUGAUCCAGCCAGGAGCAUAUUUGUGGCCCCCCGGAAAGGGGUGUACAGUUUCAGCUUCCACGUGGUCAAGGUUUACAACCGACAGACCAUACAGGUCAGCUUGGUUCUCAAUGGCUGGCCCGUGAUCUCUGCCUUUGCAGGAGACCAGGAUGUGACCAGGGAAGCUGCCACCAACGCCGGACUGGUUCUGAUGGAGAGAGGGGACAAGGUUUACCUAAAACUGGAGAGAGGGAACCUGAUGGGAGGGUGGAAGUACUCCACCUUCUCUGGGUUUCUGGUGUUUCCAUUGUAAAGGUGGGGCAAAAGCUGGUACUCUGAUGGCCAAGCUGAGGCCAAUAGAGAUGGAUGAUCGAGUGCUUCCAUUCAUUGGGUCUGAAUGUAAUCUCCAUUUUUAUAGCACUUUUAUGGCUCACUUUGUUGUAUGGCUGUGUGUGUGUGUGUCUUAACCCAAAAUGUUCCGUCUCAGUGUUACCAAUUUCCUGUGCAUGAAAUCAAUGUAACCAAUAGAUGGAUGCCCCUCAUAAUAAUCUGUCACUCUGUAUUAAAGCUUUGAUUCAAUGACAAGGUCAUUAUUGGGGUCAUAUUUAUGUUAGAGAACUUAAUCAUAAACCAUGGUGAAGAAAAUUCACUCCAUUAGUGAGUACGGAUAAGUUUGGUUUUUUAUGUAGUGUUUACAGUGUUGUAAAAUGAAAAAUUUAACUUCCUGUUUCAAAACAGCAUCGCAUCCUGCAGCUUAAGUGGCUAAAGCCCUUUCUAAUAUGGUCUACGGGUUGGGAACUACCCUACCCAUAAUGCAGUGUGUCUCGUUGCACCACUGUGUGUCAGCUGGAGCUAACUUCUGCUGAGCCCCAUUGUUUUUUCCUGUGUUUGACAAACUGUCCCUGUGUGAAGUCUGUUCUCAGUGUCCACAGGUGAGUUCAGCUCAGUCAAGCAAUGUUGUACAUCAUGAAUUCUUGCCACAAUUAUACUGGAGCUGGAUUCAAGGGUUAUUGAGUAUAAAUAUUGAGCAAACAAAGGUCUUCACCCGAGGGAUUUACACAAAUUACUUUUUGCUUUUUUUUUUUUUUUUUUUUUUUUGCUACUGUUGUUUAUGGAUAGAUAGAUGAUAGAUAGCACUUUAUUAAUCCCUCGGGAAAUUUAUGAUUGAAUGCAGACAUUUAACGUAAGUUGAAUAAGCUGAUUAGAUUUAGAUUUUGCACAUUUGACCUUGUUUAGAUAGUUAAUUAGAUAGUUUUUUGAAAAUCUUUUUUUGUAAUUUAAUUUAAACACCCUUGAUCAAGCUUUGAGCUGGAAAAUGAUUCAUCAUUUUAUUUUGUUUGUGAAUGAAUUCAAUUGACCUGUGAUAUUUUUCCACACUUCACCACAUUCUUAGUAAAUUCUGAAACUAUUUUCACCUUGAAACCCUGUUUGUUUUGCUCCAUGAAUUACUGGGUGCAAGUGAACAGACGGCUGUUCUGUAAAUAGUCACUGCACCACUGUGAGCUUAUAGAGGUGUGUUCAUAAUUACAUACGACCCUUGACCUGACAGGUGUCCAUAUACCUUCAAGUGUCAUAUACUGUGUCACUCGCUGAGAUAUAUUUUACACAUUCUGAUUAGCUUCUUAGUUUAAAAAAAAGAAGCUAAAAUUAAAAUAGUUUUGGUGAAUUAUUUGGUGAACCUUCUCUCUGGCACACUGUGCAACUGCGCGUGUCUCUGCAGUUGGAUCCGGUGACAGAUGGAGAACUGGCAGCAUGUAUUGGGCUGUGCUGCCAGAAUCCUGCUGAGUUCACACUUGACCAUCACAACCGAUUAGUUCCAACACUCAGGUGCUCAGCAGAGGCCUGUGUUCACACGUUGGCAGUUUGUAACUGGAGUAUAAAGCAAUAUAGAUACUCCAGUCUGACAAAUGCUGCUCUUUGAAAACUUGAAAAACCAAGGUCAGAGGAGGGUGAGAACACGUGAGAACUGUAAAACUUUAAAAAGGGCCUCUUUCUUUGACUUCAUCACAGUCACGUGUAAAAAUAACACCAAUGUUAAUAACACACAAGUGUAGUAACUAAAGGUUGGCCCGAAAUAUAGAUGCACAAUUCAUUUAUUCUACAAUCAAACAUGUCCUUUGUGUAAUUAAAAUGUCAAUACAUUUGUAUUCAAAUGCAGACUUUAUUUGAUAAAAGCAAUAUUUACAUACAA